AUGAAGUUGAAGAGUGGUCAGUAAGGCCAACACAAGUUGAUUUGGAUGAAAUUCAAAAAGGUCCAAAAUGUUCAGCAUUGGACAGUCAUCUUGGAGAAUUGGAGCUUCUAAAAAUGGCUACAGGUCGUAAAAUGUAUUCAAAGUAUGUUAGAGAACCUGAUACUUCGUACGAUGAUGAUGAUGAGUAG